UUUUUAAGGCUUUAUUUUUCCACAAGAAUAGAAGCAUGUUCUUCCUUCGUUCCUGUCCUUUUAGAUUUUUAAUCAUUUUGUCUAAUGAAAAUGUUACAAAACUCCGUUUGCAUUUUUAACGUAGUAUAGAUUUAAAGUCGAUAUAAACUUUUUUUUCUUCCCUCUCACAGUAAAUUGGCCUACUUGUACAAGCCGUUAAUCAAUCUAGGCACGUGAUACCAGAUAGUCUAUAUUGGAAAAGAAGCUUCUUUUCAGAUUAAAAUGGCUCCACGGGGAUGUUUUGUGAAGAUGCCGCGCCCUAAAAUAAGAUGGCGGCCCCUAAAACGCAUUCGGUAUCAAACAAUCCAGCCCUUUGAAUUUCAAGAUGGCGGUCGUCAUCUAUAGGUUUGCUUAGUUAUGCCCUCCUCCAAGAUGGCUCCUCUAUUUAUCUUCAGACCGCCAGUUUCACGUGACCUAUGAAUGUCAACAUGGCGGCGCCCAUCCUGAGAGGCAUGAGAGGUCAGGGUAGGGAUUUGUGCAGUGUCGGCUACCGCCAGAUGUUCCGGAGAGAGAUCAGUUUCAAAUUAGAUGAGAAAACAGCCCAUAGCAGCUUGGAUUUAUUCAAAAAGGACACUGGUGUCCUCUAUCGCAUGCUGGGGAUUGACCCCACCAGAGUGCCUCGAAACCCUGAACGCUUCAGAGACUGGUCUGUUGUUUUGGGUGAUACCACCAUCUCCAGGGGCUGCCAUUACUGGGAAGUGACGGUGAAACGAUCACAACAGUUCCGCAUUGGGGUGGCAGAUGUGGACAUCUCCCGGGAAGUCUGCAUAGGAAUGGAUGACAAUUCCUGGGUCUUUGCCUAUGGGAAUCAUUGCUGGAAUGCUAUGUUUGCUAAUGAAACCACUCCAAUCACUAACAUUGGCCAAUCGGAAAGAGUUGGUCUGUUCUUGGACUAUGACCGCAAAAGAUUCAGCUUGGUAGAUAUACGACAACACAUGUUCAUCCACAAUAUGUCGCCAGAGUUCCGAGGUCCUGUAGUGCCUGCCUUUGCUCUCUGGGAUGGUGAACUGCUCACCCACUCAGGCCUGGAUGUACCUGAGAAGCUCAAGCAAAGUUGAAAUCUAUUCAAGAGUGUUGAUACUGAGAUUUUUUUUCUUGGAAGAGCAAGUUCUGCCAAAAUGCUAUUGCCAUAUUACAAUCCAGAGAUUUUCAGGUUUUCAUAAUCUGACUCCCUCUCCUUAUAGGAAAUACCAUAUCUCUUCCUAGCAGAUUGAAAUAUAUUUCAUUUUGCCAUGUCGUAAGAUUUGACUCAGUAAUGGACCAACGCAUUUAGACAUCUUGUUUCCUUGCCUUUUUGAGUGAAAUUUGCCAUCCUUUACCUAUGUCACAUUGAUCUUGCACUGCUAUUUUGGUUUUGUCAGGAAAAGAUUUUCUUAGGGUUGCUUGAAAAAUAUGAGCUUUUUAAAAGCAGCUAUUAUCUAAGUGAUCAGCUGCACCAUUUGAUACCUUAGCUUUAUGCCUUUUAAUUAUAUAAAAUAUCCUUUUCCUGUUAGAAAUAUGUGCUCAAGCUUUGAAAUAUUUGAAGAGAUUUCCAUUUUGAUGAGAACAGUGAUUUUUAACACAAAUGAACUAUUGCUUCGUACUGGUGUGGUGGAAAGAUUAGCUUGGAAAUAAGCAGAUGGCAUCUCAUGACCAAUGGAAAUCCAACUCUCCUGAAUUCAUAAACAAUAGGGUACACAUAUUAAUGUUAUAGGAAUUACUUUAUUAAUACCAGCCCCAGAUCAUCCUGUACUAGAUUGGUUGAAGGAACAGGAAUCAACCCAAUAUACAUCUGCAGAUAUAUAUAUUCAUGAAAAAGGAAUGAUAAAGAAUUUGCCACAGUUUUAUUACAAUCACCAUAGAUAAAAUUAGCUGAAAUCAACAUAUUUAAGCAGUGUUUUCUUUUUCUUGGUGUUGGAUGUAGCAAGAGCAGUUCUGUAUGCUCUGUUGAUCAUAUUGUAAUAAGUAAAAAUAAAAGCAUCUAAAACAAAA